AUGUCUUUCUUUGCAAUAUCUGAAGUGUACGUCAUAGAAUCGGAGUGGAACGAUGAGACACCAGCUAAAAAAGUGAAGCUCACCUGUAACACGUCAGAUGAAGCACUGCCAGUUUACUGGAAAAAGGGAACAGAACUGAAAGGAACUGGAAAGACUCUGAUUGCCGAAGUGAAGGAGUUCCCAGAUGCUGGCAACUACACCUGUCUGUCAGCUGAGACCCACGAGAUGAUCAGCUACAGUUUCUUCCUCAUAACUAAAGUAGAUUCCAAUGGGCAAAUGAUACGGUCAAUUCUGAAAAGCUAUAAAGAGCCAAGUAAGACGUUCUUAAAAUGUGAGGCAAAGAAUUACUCUGGAAUUUUCACAUGUUCAUGGAUGACAGAAAAUGAGAGUCCAACCGUGAAGUUCACAAUCAGGAGCCUGAAAGGCUCUCAAGGAGAUGUGACCUGCAGCAGCCCUGUGGCUCGCACUGAUAAAUCUGUGACUGAAUACACUGCCCAGUGCCAGAAGGAAAACUACUGUCCAUUCGCUGAAGAGCACCAACCAACUGAGAUGUUCCUGGAGGUCAUUGAUGAGGUGGAAUAUGAGAAUUACACCAGCAGCUUCUUCAUCAGAGAUAUCAUAAAGCCAGACGCACCUCAGUGUCAGUAUAUAAGUGCAAAUGGAACAGUGACUUGGACAUAUCCCAGGACCUGGAGCACACCAAAGUCCUAUUUCCCUUUGACUUUCAGGGUCAAAGUUGAAAGCACAAAGAAAUACAAAAGCAAGGUUUAUGAUGCUGAUGAGCAGUCUAUUCAGAUUCCAAAGACUGGGCCAAAAGACAAGAUCUCUGUGCAGGCCAGGGAUCGCUAUUACAACUCAUCCUGGAAACACAGAAAAUCUUCCUACACCAACUCAGAAGACGGCAAACAGACAUUUACACCCUUUUUCCAGGGCGAUGGGAUGGAUACUAGAGUUGCAUCAGACAAAAUGCUCUGCAGCACAAAACGAGGCGAGGCGGCGUAA